AUGAUGGGUUGGUAUCUCCUUCUAUCUGUUGCAUUCUGCUAUCUGGGAAUAGUUCCUUCCGCACUGGCACAAAUCAUCAACUAUACCCCUUCAGCAGGCGGAGGCGUGUCAUAUGGUAUCAAUAUUCCAAGCUCAACUUUUCAGUUGGGAUCUGGCCCCAUUUUCUUCCAGUUACAGGCGCCCGCGGAUUUGAAAUGGGCGGCCCUAGGUCUCGGCAACCAGAUGACCGACGGGCAACUUUUCGUCAUAUACUCUGCUUCUGACACGAAUGUGACACUUUCACCUCGGAGAGCGAACACUCACGUUGCGCCUACCUAUGAUCCAACUAUACGGGCUUUUCUCCUCGAAGGGUCUGGCGUCUACAAUGGCUUACUGACGGCGAACGUGCGAUGUGAUAACUGCACUACCUUGGGCAAUGGCAAGAAUAUACUGAGUAACCGUAGCUCUUGGGUGUGGGCUGUGGCUCAUGGGCCCCAGUUGGUAUCCAGCAACGUUUCGGAAACCAUAUACCAGCAUGACUGGCAUGGUAUCUUCACGUUCGACUUGAAAAAAGCUGUUGGGGGUGACUCUUCGAACCCAUUCUUUCACUCUUCGCCGCCCUUCGCCCGCCUUACUCUCAAUCCAGAACAGCAACAGAUAAGCGACACCCUUCUACACAAAAAGCGGAUCGCUCAUGGUGUUAUGACGUCGGUUGCUUUCGUCCUUCUUUUCCCUAAUUUCGGACUUCUUCUCCAUAUUAUUCCAACCCGUUACACUGUCGCCUGGAUCCAUGCCCCUCUGCAGAUGUUUGCGGUACUUUUAGCCUUGGCUGGGUUUAUGUUUGGAGUCUCCGUUUCAAAGGAUCUCCAAGACCUUGCAGGCUACCACCCUAUCCUUGGAUAUCUUUCAAUUGGCGGCGUUGUCAUCAUCCAGCCGAUACUUGGGAUCAUUCAGCACGUCAAGUUUCGUCGAAGCCGCGAGAAAACUCUCUAUGGCGUCUCACAUCGUUGGCUUGGGCGCUUUCUCUGCGCUUUUGGCAUUGUCAACGGAGGAAUAGGCUUCCAUUAUGCGCAGGCAAAGAAUCCGGAUAUCCCAUUGGCCUCACCAAUUGUGUAUGCCAUCAUCUGCGCUCUGGUGGGGGCUAUAUAUGUCCUUUGGCUGGCAGUGGCUCGGUAUGGCGUGGCGGCCUGA